CGCCGCUGCCCUCGCAGCCGCCGCCGCAGCAGCCGCCGCCGCCGGGCCGCGGGGAGCUCAGCCUGCCGGGCAUCCUGCACUUCAUACAGCACGAGUGGGCGCGCUUCGAGGCCGAGAAGAGCCGCUGGGAGGCGGAGAAGGCCGAGCUCCAGGCCCAGGUGGCCUUUCUCCAGGGGGAGAGGAAGGGCCAAGAAAACCUCAAGACUGAUCUCGUGCGGAGGAUAAAGAUGUUGGAAUACGCUUUGAAGCAGGAAAGGUCAAAGUAUCACAAGCUGAAAUUUGGGACUGAACCAAACCAAGGGGAAAAGAAGCCAGACGUGUUAGAACCAGUGUCCAAUGGGCCAGCAGAGCCCAUGUCCUUGGAAAGCAACCAGUUCAUGUGGAAAGAGGGGCGCCAGCUCCUCCGCCAGUACCUGGAAGAAGUGGGCUACACGGACACCAUCCUGGACAUGCGCUCCAAGCGAGUUCGCUCCCUGCUGGGCCGCUGCUCCAUGGAGUUGAACGGCGCUGCUGAACCCAGCAGCUUGGGCACCAGCCCCGCCUCUGGUCCUGCUGGGCUCAACGGGGGUGAAUCCCUCCUUGUCAAGCAGAUAGAGGAGCAGAUCAAAAGGAACGCUGGGAAGGAGGCAAAGAACCGGCUUAGCAACACGGUGAUGGAGAAGAUCCCCUUCUUGCAAGGCUGCGAAGAAGAUGACAGUGAUGAAGAGGAAGAUUUGGAAAGCAUGCCCCUUGAGACGCAGCGGCAACACAAGAAGCAGAGAGUCAAGCUCACUAACAAGCCCCUCAUGCCAGAAGUGGAGGACGAAGAUGAGGACGAGGACUCCGAGGAUGCCCUGAGCGAGUUUGACUUCUUGGGCUCCGGGGAGAACAGCGAUGGGUCCGGGGAUACGCGGCAUGCUGGAGAUGGAAAAGAGCUUGAAACCCGCCGGGUGAAGCUGCAAGGGAUGCUUGCUGACCUCAGAGAUGUUGAUGGGCUUCCUCCUAAGCCAUCCAUGCCGUCGGCCAUCUCCAGCCAGCCUAGGUCUCAUGAAGGGUCCCUGGGCUUUUCCUCGGACGUGUUCAUCAUGGACACCAUCGGCGGAGGAGAGGUCAGCUUGGGCGACCUUGCUGACUUGACCGUCACCAACGACAACGAACUCAGCUGUGAUCUUUCUGACAGCAAAGAUUCCUUUAAAAAGACCUGGAACCCCAAAUUCACCCUACGGAGCCAUUACGACGGCAUCCGAGCCCUGGUGUUCCACCAUGUGGAGUCUGCCCUCAUCACUGCCUCGGAGGAUGGCACGCUGAAGCUGUGGAACCUCCAGAAGACGGUUGCUGCCAAAAAGAAUGCAGCACUGGACGUGGAACCCGUCUAUGCAUUCAGGGCUCACAGGGGCCCGGUGCUGUCGGUUGCCAUGGGCAGCAACAGCGAAUACUGCUACAGCGGAGGAACAGACACGAGGAUCCGUUGCUGGAGGAUCCCGGAUCUGGGCAUGGACCCGUACGACGGUUACGAUCCGAGCGUGCUCAGCAAUGUCCUGGAUGGCCACACGGAUGCCGUCUGGGGCCUGGCGUUCAGCCCCUCCAAGAACCGUCUGGCGUCCUGCUCGGCUGAUGGCACCGUCAGGAUCUGGGACCCAAGCAGCAGCGCUUCCUGCCUCAGCACCUACAGCACGGGGAGUGACAACGGAAUCCCGACCUCUGUCACGUUCUCCAGCACCGACCCUGCGCAUGCUGUGGCUGCCUUCCAGACGGGUGAUGCCAUUCUCUACGACAUGGAGGCCACCUGUCCCAUCCUGACCUUGGAAUCUAGACCAGCCAGUGGAGUCAGUCAGAUCAACCAAGUCGUGAGCCACCCGACCCAGCCGGUCACGAUCACAGCCCAUGAUGACCGAGGCAUCCGCUUCCUAGACAAUCGGACAGGAAAAGUUGUACACUCCAUGGUGGCUCACCUAGACGCCGUCACCUGUCUUGCUGCGGAUCCCAACGGAGUCUUUCUUAUGUCAGGGAGCCACGACUGCUCCCUUCGACUGUGGAACCUGGACAACAAGACCUGCAUGCAGGAGAUCACAGCCCACCGCAAGAAGCACGAGGAAGCCAUCCACGAUGUGGCCUUCCACCCCAGCAAGGCCCUGAUCGCCAGUGCUGGGGCUGACGCCCUCGCCAAGGUCUUCAUAUGAGAAGGGGCCAUGGCCCG